AUGCUGUUGGAAGGGCGGAGCCUCGGGAGGCGCAGCGUUUCAGCCGCGGCAGGUGGUUGCGGCGAGUGUGAGCUUGGGCCAGGGGAUUGCAUCGGACCGCGUGGCAGGGACUGGUGGGUCAUACCAGCGGACCGGAGGUGUUGGCGGACAACCGCUGUCGGCGGCGGCAGCCUGUACGGUGGCGGGUCUCCACUGUUUCGGGUGUGGCGAAGUGGGCCAUCGGCAGUCCGCGUGUCCGAAGAUGGCUGGGUCGCGUGCUCUAUUCACGGAGGAGGGUGGAGAGGUCGACGCGGCGGAAGGUUAUGA